UUCAAGUGAAGUCGCUGGGUUUUAGUCGUCGGUUAAAUCUGUGACAGUGCGGACGGAUCAGCAGUCGCUUCCAAACUGUUGUGCGUGAGAGUGUGAUUAUUUUAAGUAAAAAUGAAUCCUUCAGUAGUGCCCGGAGUAGCUCCCGUGGGUCCCAAGCCGGCCCAGCUGACCUGCCCCUCGUGCCAUGCGACCGUGGUGUCAAGAGUCGACCACAACAGCACCACCAAGACACAUUUGAUCGCUUUGGCGCUGUGCCUUUGCUUGUGUUGGUGCUGCGUGUGCGUCCCAUACUGCAUGGAUUCCUGUCAGAACGCGGACCACUACUGUCCCAAUUGUAACGCUUACCUUGGCACGUACCAGAGCUAAAUUUUAUGACCAUGACCUAAUUUUAAGAUCUAUAAUAUUCAUUACCCGACUGCGGAAGGAAGGUUAUGUUUUUUAAGUGUGUGUACGCGCACGCUCUGCAGCCUAAACAGCGUGAUUGUUACGCCCGUAUUCACAAACGAUGCUUGCUUAAGUGAAGCAGCAAAUCGAACGCACAGCGUUUAAUAGAGCUCUGUGAUUGGACCCUGUGCGUCCACCACGCACACUGCGAGACUUCAUAGUAACGUUUGUGAAUACGGGUGUAAGAUUCGUAUCAACAGUGAAAGUGACACUGGAUAUAUCGAAAUGUAGGUAAUUUUACAGUUUUUCAGUUUACGCAGUCGGGUUUUUUCAUUCAAUUUAGCUUGUUUUAAGACCUUUAGUAUUACUUUGAUCAUCACUAUUUUAUACUUUACCUAAUAUUAGAAAAAGCAGUUUUAAGUAAGCGCGGUUUACACGAUCAAUGCAAAAUGUACUCUACUGUCUGAUAACACUUAAAUAGAUAAUUUUAAUGACGUCACAUAGUUGAGUUCACGCCUGUUUGGUACAAAACGGGCGAGUAACUAAAUUACUAUGUAAUUAUUUAUUUCCUGUAAUGUGUUCGUUCAUGUCCAUUGUUGUCAGAUGUUGAUAGCAAGUGGACGUCGUUAUAAUCUAGGAUGCGAGUAACAAUAAAGUUUUUGCGAGGCAUUUUAUAGAUUUUUAAAGCCUAUACAGUUAUCGUCUAAAACCAUCGACAAGAUAAUUAUGGCGCUCACUAACCGGUACAUCUUCAGUCUAAUUUUGCAAUAAGUUCGAUCCGAAUCUAAAAAAAAAGUGGUCGGUGUGGUCGUAGACCAUUUUGUAAGAUAGUGUACGUACCAGAUUCGAUUUCCCUAGUUAGUUUUCUACGCGGAUUUGGAUAGGACGUAGUGCGAAAUCACUAUAAAAAGCUAGGAAGGCUGAAAAUAGGAUUAUUAAAGAGUUUAAAAUCGCUGUAUCUUUUCGACGGAUUACUGCUGUUCGUCUAGAAUAUUAAUAUAGAUAGGAACAUCUUAGAACCAGCCCCCUGGGGAAGCAUUUUUGAGAUUAUGAUAAAAAUGGAAGAGAGAUUUGUUGCAUUUAUUUUAGAUUUUGUAUAAAUAACUUUGUAAGUACUAUUUCAUAGAUAAAACGCAUUGUUAUCAAUAUUACGCUUUUAAGUCCCUAAGCUAUGAAAAUAUUUAAUGUGAUAAGAAUGCCUUAUAUUUUUUGGAUGGUUAUCACGCACGUUUAAUUGUAUAUUAUUGGAAUAUUAUACAGUUAUACAGGGUGUGCUUUUGUAAAACAACGCCCAUCUCAGGGGUGGUAGAUACACGACACUGAUGACAAAAAAAAAAUAUUUUUUAUUUUUAUUUUUAUGGAAAAAUCCAUGAAAUCAGAAAAAUGGUAUUAUUACGCGGGCGAGCUAUAGGACAGACCCCCCGCUCUCCCGGGGUGGUGGCAGCAUGUGCUCGGUGGUUUAGCGGGGUACGCGGGGGUGGUGCGGGCGGUAACAAGCGCCGUCUCGAAAGUUUAAGAAGGUUUUUUUACUAUUAAAGUAAUAGUUAAAAUUCUAUUUAUAUUUUUCUUGUAAUUACCUACUUUCAUGUGUACUACCACCCCUGAGAUGGGCGUUGUUUUACAAAACCACACCCUGUAUACAGUGUAAACUGUAUACUGAUAACUGUAAUAACGUUACUCGAUUUAACGACAAACUCCGUAUAACGUCAAAUUUAUUGGCAAUUUUUAGGGUUCCGUAGCCAAAUGGCAAAAAACGGAACCCUUAUUGGUUAACUUGUUCUCUAUCCGUUUUACCAUUUAACAACCACUCUCUAUAACAUAACGUCGAAAGAUGCUCAGUGCCUUGAGUGUUAUUAUUGUAUAGAGUUUACAUUGCAUUUAUAGGUAAGUGAAAUGUUCCUCGACAAAUUGUAUUUCUACUACACUUAUUCAAAAUAAAUAUUAUACUUAA